AUGGAGGGAGGAGAGAGCCUGAUGAAUUUUGUAAAGCUUGCGGUUGAUUCGCUUUACAGAGCGGCAUCUGCAAAGAAGAUGAAGUCGCGGUAUGUAUAUAAGAAGAUUGCGUCGGAGCUUACGGAGUUUGGAAAGCAGUUGAGUAGCAUCGAUGAUUUAAGGUCGAUAAAGAAUGUGGGAAGCAAGACGAUUGAUGCAAUACAGAGAUUUAUUGAUGGUAAAAUAGCAAAGGAAGCAAGAAGCAUUGAUGUAGAUCAAUAUUGUGAUGUUGCUUCUGUGCCUGCGUAUAGAAUGAUAAAGAGUGGAGAGGCUGACAAAAGCAUAUGUGAGAAUGCGAAUAGCGGGUGUGUAGAUGUAAAGAAGAGCAGAGUGUAUAUUCCUGGAUAUAGGACGGGCGGAUAUGCGAUCCUGAAGGCAUUGUGGAUGAAGGAAGGAAGCACCAAGCAUGGGAUUGCACAUAUUGGCAGGCAUUACUGUGACGUUGAGUUUGACUUUGUAAGCAGAUACUCUGCAUGGACAUCGAUGAAGAUGCUGAUCAAUAAAGGGCUGGUGUAUAGGGAAGGCAAGUCGAGGUUUUAUCUAACUUGUGAAGGCAAGAUGCUGUGCACAACGAUGUUUGCAAACACAUCGAUUGUUGAGGAGCCAGAGGAUGGUGUUAUUCUUGUUGUGGACACCCGUGAGAUCAAGAGCAAGAAAAGCAGGACGUUUUUCCAGGAAUACUUUGAAUCGAGGAAUGUGCGCUGUGAGACAAGAGUGCUUGAGGUUGGAGACUUUGUUUGGAUUUGUAGCGAAAGGCUGUGUGGAUGCAUUAUAGAGAGAAAGAGGGGAAGCGACUUUGUGAGCAGUAUUGCAGAUGGAAGGCUGAAAGAGCAGAAGGCCAGGUUGCUGAAUAGCGGAAUAGCGCGGGUUUUCUAUGUUGUGGAGGGCCUUAGAGAUAGCCAUAUGAAGAGCGUGGGGAAGAGGGCGGUUAUGUCGCAGCUGAUGUCGACAAAGCUUGGAGGCUUUACUGUGAUUGAGACGCAGGAUAUCAUGGAGACAUGCUUGGUUAUCUGUGAGAUUGAUGGGCAGAUACGGCAAAGCGCAGAGAAGAGUGGGCACUGGAAAAAGAAGUCAGAAGAGGCAGUAGGAGAGUGCAGAGGAGAAGAUGAGCUUGAGAUUAGCUAUGGAAGCUUCAUUGAGAACAACACAAAAGCAGGAUAUAAGGGGCCGGAGUACUUUUUGUACAUUGCAUUGCUAUCGAUACGAGGCAUAAGCCACCAGAAAGCAAAUGCAAUUGCAAAGCACUACAUGUCUAUUGAAGAGCUCGGAAGACGCUUAGGUGAUGCAAAGGGCAUUGAAGAGCUGCGUAUGGUUGAUAUGGAAGGAAAGAGGAUGACGAACAGAAAUAUAGAAGAUGUGGUUGAGUACUUUGUGAGAGAAUAG